UCCUGGUUGCUCCUCUGGUUGACUGUGGUUGACAGUGGCUGUGUUCCGUUUUUACUGGCAGUACUGAAAAUGUAUAGUAUAUGUGACGUGAACUAUAAAUUUUCAGUACUGGCAGUUAAUAUCGGAACACAACCAGUGUAGCACCAUGUGGCUGCGAAACAGCGAGCGUUGACUGUUGUGACAGUGAAGAGUGACAGUGUUUUUUUUGUUUUUUUUUUUUAGUGUUUUUAAUAUAUAUUUUCUUUAAAUAAUAUAUGUUGCAUCAUGAUUUCAACAUGUUCUUCGAAAUUAUACUCGACGUUUCACCAAUUUUCUUUUUUUCUGAAACUUUUAUUCAUUUUUUUUCCAAGUAUGUUUAUUCUCUUACUAAAAGUGUCAAGUCGUUUUCUUGCCCGAAAUUCUCUGCUCGAAAUUCAAAAUCGAGUACUUUAUUCGAAAAUGCAUUAGAUGUAUUUAUGUCAAGUAGAAUUGAUUGUAUUUGAGAGCGAAAAGAGUAGUCGGAUUUUCGGAGGUUAAAAGUUACUUCCUAUGAAUAUGUACUUCUCGUUAAUGUUAGCGUUAAACGUAAUGAAAAUGUAAACACAUGCUGAAAUAGAACACUUUGUAAAUGCAAUGCGAUUUAAAUUGCACCCUGUAACUGUUAAAUGUGUUACCGUAAAUGUAUAAAAUAUCGAUAAGAAUAAUGAAGGUGCCAAUGAAAGCCAACCAAAUGUGCAGUGAUGCACAUUUUUCUUUUCAAUCUUUCGGAGCAAUUUCCGCAGUCUCCCACAAUAUUGUUUUGUAUCGAUGUACUUUGAUUCAUUGAUCGAUCGAAUCUUCUUGUACUUUUAUUUGAAAUAAACAAUGAACGAGAGAGAAGGCUAAGUGAGUCGUUGCGUAAUACCACAAGCGAAUCAACAAGAUCUGCUUCGCUCGUACAAGAGCUAUUCCGAUGUAACAAUGUUCCAUUAUACGGUUCCAAGGGAAGUGCUUCGAGCUACAUGGCAAUUUGCCGCUUUUAUGGACGAUCCCACGUGCCAUCCACGGAAAGUUUACAUACAUGUCAGAUUCGGUAGUUAUCCAUUAAUCACCGUUAACAAUGAAAUAUUUCCAAUGACGGAGUCUACCAAACGGGAUGACGGUAUUAUGGUUACCACUACCACAGCUUACCAACCAAAAAAUGUGACUGUUGUUCCAAUAUAUGAGCCACAACCCGGAGAUUGGUUCGCAGCAGCUUAUAUGUCUCACUGGGACGAGAAAGUUCAGCAACAGGGACUCGGCCACAAAUGUCAAUACAGCAUAGGUACAGUAGCGCUAUGGUCGCAAAUAGAUAAUAUUGAAAAUAUUCCCAUUAAUUAUCAAACGAGAUUACGAACAAGCUCAACGACAGCGUAUUACAAGAUAUAUAUACCAUCAGGAGUAUCGAGCUUCCGUUUAUCAGUUUGGAACUGCAGCUUUACGUUGCACACUUUUCGUGAUAUUCGUAAACCUUGUAUCGAAGCUGCACACUUGAAAGGACGUGUUUUACCGAUAUCUAAUCAUUUUCAUCCCUUGGAAUCUAAAAGUCUUACCACAAAUGCUAGUUAUUCUUUCGUAGAAUCUUCCCCUUAUGAAGAUAGUUAUUAUUAUUUAUUAAUUAUUUCAAGUAGCAUUAUAGAGUUCAAUGUCAAGAUCGACACGAUAGAGUGUCCAAUCAAAUUGACAGAAAAAUCGUUUACUAGAGAAUACAUAAAUAUCGCUUCGAGUUUUAGUUCCGUAACAGGAAAAAAUACUUACGAAGAAUUAAUAAAACAUAAAUGGUAUUACGAAGAAAACAAUGAUAGCACGUUUUACAACGGGAAUGAAUUUUACGAAAAAAGAAAUGAGAAGCAUGAGACUGAUAAUCUGUAUACUAAAUGUAUACCAAGAUAUCAAUUGGUUCGUGUUAAACAUGCAGAGACAUUCUCAACCGUUUAUCUUUUACAGGGAAAAGAAUGGUUAAGUUCAAGAAUGAUAUUAACCGAUUUAGUUCCGAUGAUGAUCCAGUUUGAUAUUUUACCGUUGAUAGACGUCGGUGGUACACUCGAUAUCAGUGUAAAUCUUCAAGUGAAAAAGCUGCCAUUGGCACGAUCGGUUUUAGUAACAAUGUGCGUUCAACGAGGUCGUAUACCCAAACUAGAGGAUCGUUAUUCUUGUCAAAAUGGUACUUUGGCGAUAAAUUUGUCAUCGUUGAACAAGCGCAACGCAAGUUUAUUAAUAACGUAUCCGCAACCAGGCACAUGGUACAUCGUUAUCUUCGCGACGUGUCAUAAAUACAAUAAACCUGUGCACUGUCGAAUCGACGAAAUGUCUAUCCUACUCGACGUACGCACCAAAAAAUGUAUGUUUUCUGGCGAAAAUUCUUGCGGCGAUCACGGUAUUUGUCAAGAAAUUCAAAAGAAUAUCCUUCAUUACGCAACGUGCAACUGUUUUAAAGGUUACACAGGAUGGGAUUGCACCGACAUCUCGAGUACUGUACCCGCUAUUUCUCUCGCGAGUGUCACGUUGCUCGUUAUAAGCAAUAUCUUUUUCAUACCAGCCAUAUAUAUAGCCGUAAAACGAAGGCUGUACGCGGAAGGACUAGUGUAUUUGGUUACUAUGCUGUUCUCGUCCCUGUAUCACGCCUGUGACCAAAGUGAGGGACAAUUUUGCGUUGCGAAAUACGAGGUUUUACAAUAUAGUGACUUUUUUUCAAGUAUUUUGGCAUUUUGGGUAACACUGAUAGCAAUGGCGGAAUUACCGAUCGCAUUUGUACAAUUGUGCCAUAUGACGGGAGUAUUCGUUAUCACUUUUGGGCUGCAAAUUGACAGGAUGUGUUUAAUCAGUAUAUUAAUACCGUUAUCAUUGGGUAUUAUUGUACCGAUUUUCGCACAUAUCUACCGCACUUUUCGAUCCAGAAAAUGCAAGACUCCAAGUCGAAAGAUACUAUUAGGUUUGCUCUUUGCUAUUACUGGUUUAUCGCUCUACUCUUUCAUCGAAACAGAGAAAAACUAUCAAUACGUUCACAGUGUUUGGCACAUUGUAAUGGCAAUUUCGUUGAUAUUUUUGUUGCCACCAGCAAAAGCGAAAGAAACGACAUCAUCAUCGACGAAUGCUUCGUUCAACGACGUUAGCGAAUCGUGGAGUUGCAAAGAGUUUUACGGAAUCCCUACAUUUACAAUAAUCAAUCGAGAAAAUCAAACGAUCGCUUUAAGUUGAAUAUCAUGUAUGUAAACAAUUUCGAAUUUUUUUUUUCUUUUCUCAUUUCUUCUUUCCUUCCUUUCCCCAUGGUCUCUUCGAUCCUUUCUCUAUAACGGUCAGUUGAUUAGUUACUGUAUCCAGCAAUCAGUUGGAUAUAGUAACUAAUUCAAAAAUUAAAGACUUGUCAUAUUUCAUUUUAAUGUAUAUAUUUUUCGAUAAAUCUUGGAAGAGUCAAGUUAUCGGUAAAGUUUCGUGUGCGCCAUUAAUACUCCAGGAGCCCUAGUCUUGAAAAUAUUCAAAUACUUUUUGUAUACAAAAGUGACGGAAUAGCCAAGGGAAUUAUUCCGUGAUAUUGGUUAUAAUAUUUUGCCACUUUCGUGCGUGCGAAAGUUAUUCGCUUGUUUUCGCAAGAAUUAUAUGGGUCCCAGGCCGCUUUAUAGCUAUAUAAUAUUGUCCUGGAGAUUUUCCAGUUUGCAGUUGGAUCGCUCGAACCACCAGUUACCGCCAUUCUACAGUGUGAUUUUUAAAUUUGAAAUGAAAACAUUUCGACUAUUAUAUCUUUCUGUACUCUAUAUCGAGUGUAUCGAGUAAAUUUGUUUCUUCGCUAAAUUACGCUAUUAUGAAAUAUCAAUUACAGUUACUCCUCCGUUUUAUCAAAAAGAUAUAUUGUAUCUAGAAAAAAAGUUACAUUUUUAAAAACGAAAAUACAAGAUUUAAGGUCGUUGGAUCCACGCGGUAUAUUCGCGAGGCGAUCCGAGGAUCCAUAAAAUUCUAUGCGAUUCGUGCAUCGAAAUACUCGUGUGUGUGUGUGUGUGUGUGUGUGUGUGUGUGUGUGUGUAUACAUUGCAGCUUUUAUAAUCUUCCAAUUGUCCGUCAGAAAAAUAUGCGGACUCGAUCUUUAAUACGUAACUCGACCCGCUGCGAUUGUCUUAACCUGCCACUUCCUGUGCCGCCUUAUCGCUACUUAUCUCUGCGUAUCUAUACGUCCAGUCCCUUUACUUGUACUCGUUGUCAGAGUAUAUUUUUCUCUUCGAAUGCGAACAAUAAUUUUUCGACAGAUAUUAUUCACAAUCUAGAAAGAUUCUUUCCAAAGAUUAUCUUGCGAUAUACAAUAUUGUACGUCGAUUAUGAAAUUAACUUUUACAAAGAAAAAUAAUAAAAAUAAACGAGACGACGAUGCGUCUUAUCGUUGGAAA